CCGCUUCCUGCUACGUACUGCACUUUGUAGUGGCGUGUAGUUUGUUUUGCGGAUGCUGAGCUGCAGAGGAGGCUCGUCGGCACUCUCACUGUAAACACACAGCACAGGCAGUUUAUUUUUCGGUUCUUUCGUUCACUGUGUCAGCAGACUGUAUCAAACAUCUAGCCGAGAAAAGAUGGCCUUGUGCUCCGAGCCUAAAAAUGUUAGCUCCACGGACAACGGGGAGCGGAAGGAGAGGAAGGUGGCCGUUAUCACCGGCAUAACCGGACAGGAUGGUUCCUACCUGGCUGAGUUCCUGCUCGCUAAAGGCUAUGAGGUCCAUGGUAUUUUGCGUCGCUCCAGUUCCUUCAACACGGGUCGCAUUGAGCAUCUUUACAAGAACCCACAGACGCACACUGAAGGCAAAAUGAAGCUCCAUUAUGGCGAUCUGACUGACAGCACGUGCCUGGUGAAGAUCAUUAACCAGGUGAAGCCGACCGAGAUCUACAACCUGGGCGCUCAGAGUCAUGUCAAGAUCUCCUUCGAUUUGGCCGAGUACACCGCUAACGUGGACGGCGUAGGUACGCUUCGUCUCUUGGACGCCAUAAAGACAUGCGGUCUGACCAACAGCGUAAAAUUCUACCAGGCGUCCACCAGUGAGCUGUACGGCAAAGUUCAGGAGAUCCCUCAGAAGGAAACCACGCCCUUCUACCCUCGCUCACCUUACGGUGCCGCGAAGCUCUAUGCCUACUGGAUCGUGGUGAACUUUCGAGAGGCCUACAACAUGUUCUCUGUCAACGGGAUCCUCUUUAACCACGAGAGCCCGAGGAGAGGUUCAAACUUUGUGACGCGUAAGAUCAGCCGUUCUGUGGCAAAGAUUCACCUCGGUCAACUGGAGAGCUUCAGCCUGGGCAACCUGGACUCCAAGAGGGACUGGGGCCAUGCCAAAGACUAUGUGGAGGCUAUGUGGCUGAUGCUGCAACAGGAGGAGCCAGAGGAUUUCGUCAUAGCGACGGGGGAGGUGCACAGUGUGAGGGAGUUUGUGGAGAAGGCCUUCAAACGUGUGGGGAAGACCAUUGUGUGGGAGGGAAAGGAUGAGCAGGAGGUUGGCCGCUGCCAAGAGACAGGAGUAGUACAUGUGAACGUGGACCCAAAAUACUUCCGUCCCACUGAAGUGGACUUCCUGCAAGGCGACAGCACCAAAGCAUAUCAGAGGUUGGGUUGGAAGCCAAAGGUUACUUUUGAGGAGCUGGUGAAGGAGAUGGUGGAUGCGGACGUCGAGCUAAUGAAGAAAAACCCAAACGCCUGAGUCCGAAUCAGUCAAUCCACCCGGGACGGGAACAUUUUAGCACUCCUGUGUUCAGUGAAAGGAACACAUAUUUUAUCUUUAUGAUUUUGACCAAAUGAAUUGGGUCCUUUCUUCUUUGUUGAGGUUUAACUUAACUUUGUAUUGCCUUUGUGUCUUUUGUCUAUUUCUAACAUCAUGUUAUUUUUUGUUUUGUUAUCACAUAGCAGAGAUGCCUUUUAUAUUUCCACACUGAUCAUGUCAUUAUUUAUAUAGAUGGCAAGUUUGAAGGGUUUAUGUAUGUCUUUUGUUUUUAUUUUGAAUUGUGGUUGAAUUGAUUUAGAUGUCAAAGUUGACGUUCUUUCUGUCAGUGGAGGAAAUGGUAGAAUAUAUAAAUAAAUAUAAUAAUGAAGAUUUGAUAAUUUAAUGGAAAAUAGAAAUCAACGGGGUUAAUUAAUGGUCUGACAUAUAAAUGAACAAAUAAACUGUUUGCUACAAUAAAGACUGGUCUAUUUA